AUGAGUUAUAUCGUCCAGCCAGUGACCCAGAAGUGGUUUACGAACGUAGCCAUAGUACAAUAUGUGGUCAACGAUCAGAGGUUCGAGGUGGCUUGUUAUUCCAGCAAAGUGGCAUCUUACAGAAAUGGGGUUGAAAAGGACAUCAACGAAGUCAUCCAGGCUCAUGCUAUCUUCUCAGACGCAGUUAAGGGGGAGUUGCAAAGCGCGGAGAAUUUGCAGAAGGCUUUUGGGACCCAGAACACUCUGUCAAUUUGCAACCAGAUCAUCCUCAACGGACGUGUACAUCUUUCAGAAUUGGAACGCACUGUCGAACAGGAGAGAAAGUUCACUGAGAUAGCCUCUAUUGUGGCCCUGAGAUUAACAAACCCUGCCACGGGGGCUGCAUACCCUCGAACCUUGAUAGAGUUCGCCAUGAAAAAUGACCUGCACUACCGCGUAACCCAGCAGCCUGCCUCUGCUCAAGCUGCUCAUGUAAUUCGACAACUGGAGGAGUUCAUGGGAGUGCACUUACCCCAGAAGGUCAACAUCUCCGUAGAACUGCCUCUGAGCCACGCCAAGGCAUGCAUAGCUGUAUGCGUGACUGACUAUGCACUUACUAUUGAUCCUGAGAGCUUCAUACUGGAUGAACAGUCGUGUUUUUACACCGCUACAGUAGGAGCUCAACAAUAUAAAUUUGUCUGCAAGUCCCUUAAGGAGCUGUCAACAGGCUUAGCGCACAUAUCGUUAAAAGGGACCUCCUCAUUCAAGACAAAAUAG